AUGACAUUGUUUAUAAAUAAAAGUACAACAACAUCAACGACAACAACAACUUGUUUACCAGUAUGUUUAUAUUGGGAUUGUUGGAUAAAUGUAACAGCAACAUUUCCUUAUGUAUCAUCAACUAUAAAUCCAAAUACAACUACAGCAACAACAACACUAUCACCUGAUGAAAUUGAACGAUUAGCAUUAACAAAUUUAAUUCAAGAUCUUCAAAAUGAAAAUUAUCGAUUGAAAGUAGGUUUAGAAGCUGGUGUAUUAACAACAGGUUCAGCGGCUGUUGGUUCCUUUAUUUAUUUUACACGACGAUAA